UCUGUGUGUGUCUCUGUGUCCUCUCGUCUUUGCUUCCUCCGCUAUUCCCAAACCACAAGCGUCUGUCUCCUCUGCUGUCAACUGAUGCUUAAUUUGUUCUGAGAAUCAUAAUCGGAGUCUUUCCCAUUUUUCUGAUUUUUGUUUUUCGGUCAAACCAAUGCUUCCAAUUCCACUUCCCACAACACCCUCGACUUCAACGCCUCCUCAUCAUCCUAAACUUUGAUCGCAUUUGCUUGCAAGAACAGCACGGCGUCCUGUUUUCGAGUUCUCUGCGUCUUGUUUCUGCCAUUUUUCUCGGUGAUCAGAUCUUCAAAAUAGAAUUUUCGCUUCUGGGUCACGUCAAUCUCACUUGAGAAAGACCUCAACUUUGUUCUUUUAUGUGAUGGCCCUUCACUCCAGUGCUGUGUGCUUCAAUGGCGUAGCCAUUUCUCGACGAAAUUUUAUGAGCUGUAGGCGCCAAACGGUGAAAGUCUCUACCUUUACUUGCCCGCCUCUGUCUUCGGUUGCUCGAUUGAACGUGAAAGGAAAAGCGGUUAGUGGUAAUGAUGCGCCGGAAACAAAAGAUAAUUCUCUCGUGGUCUGUUUUGGGGAGAUGCUAAUUGAUUUCGUCCCGACUAUUAGUGGCCUUUCAUUGGCUGAAUCACCUGCUUUUAAGAAAGCUCCAGGAGGAGCACCUGCUAAUGUUGCAGUGGGCAUAUCCCGUCUUGGUGGAUCAUCCGCCUUCAUUGGGAAGGUGGGUGAAGACGAAUUUGGGUACAUGCUUGCUGACAUUUUAAAGGAAAAUAAUGUGUACAGCAAAGGGAUGCGAUUUGAUCCUGGCGCUCGUACAGCUUUAGCAUUCGUUACACUAAGGAAUGAUGGGGAACGCGAAUUCAUGUUCUACCGCAAUCCAAGUGCUGAUAUGUUGCUCGAAGAAUCUGAACUGGAUUAUGACUUAAUUAGAAAGGCAAAGAUCUUUCACUACGGUUCCAUAAGUCUUAUAACAGAACCUUGCAAGUCCGCGCACAUUGCUGCAGCAAAAGCUGCAAAGGAUGCUGGUGUCGUCCUGUCUUAUGAUCCCAAUUUAAGGCUUCCUUUGUGGCCUUCAGCGGACAGUGCCAGGGAAGGAAUCAUGAGUAUAUGGGAAAUAGCAGAUAUUAUUAAGAUAAGUGAAGAAGAGAUUUCUUUUCUGACCAAAGGAGAAGAUCCUUACGAUGAUGCUGUCGUUCGUAAGCUUUACCAUCCCAAUCUCAAAUUGCUUCUUGUAACAGAGGGACCUGAUGGUUGUAGGUACUACACCAAGGAUUUUAGUGGGAGAGUCAAGGGUUUGAAAGUGGACGCUGUUGACACCACCGGUGCUGGUGAUGCAUUUGUAGCUGGAAUAUUAUCACAACUAGCUGUUGAUCUCUCCUUGCUUCGGGAGGAGGACCGGCUAAGAGAUGCCCUUAAGUUUGCAAAUGCUUGUGGCGCACUGACUGUGAUGGAGAGAGGUGCCAUUCCAGCUUUGCCAACAAGAGAAGUCGUUCUGGAUGCAUUGCUCAAAUCUGUUGCAUAAAUAGGUUCGUCUCUCGGUCUCCGUUAUUUUUGUCAAUGAAACCACAAGUCAGAAACGGAGGUGGUAGUGCCGGCUGUCGAGGAAAAUAAAGGUCUUUCCUGUCGAGUAGGAAACUAUGGCAUUCUUGAGUAAAGACCGAUUGUUGGAAUGUUCAUGUCGAAAUCGAAGUUUUUAUCUGCCGGGUAUGUAUUGAUAAAUGAAUAAGUGAGAAUUGAGGAGAUAGUAGACAAUGUUUGUUUGAAAGUAAUGGUUGAAGAGUCGGCGAUAGGAUUUCUUGCCUAUCAAAAGUUGCUUGUCCACAA